UUCCCUUAGCCUUUUCUUCAGAAGUAGGGACAGGGUAAAUCCUGUCCCAGAGCUGAGAACUGUGUAGAGCACCUGUGUGUGUGUGAGUGGAGUGGUGUUGGGAUUCUGUUUCAGGUUGAGCAGGAGGGUGGCAUGUGUGAUGGGUGCCAUCUGAGCUGCCCAUGCUGCAGUGAAAGCCACAGGUUUGAAGCUUCUCUUGAGCAAUAGAGCACUGCCCAGCAACUGCCUCAAGGUGAAGCAGAGAGAUUACUUCAAUUGAAGUUGAAAGAUAAGCCUGGAAUGCCUUAUAAAAACUUCCCUGGUUCAGUGCUCCUUACCAAUGGUGGCUUCUUGCUACAGAUCCACUCUCCUGUGCAUUGAGGAGUAAGUGUUCUCUCCUUGGCUGGACCUUCACAGGGUCCACAGGGUGGUGAUUGAAGGUAGUCCCUUUGCAGGCUGUUGGAAGACACAGCCAUCUGCUUACCAGAGCACCUCUGGGCUGACUGCAUUUUAGACUCAAAGAGAUCAGCUGCUACUGUGGUAGGUGGACUCGUCUCAGGACCAAGGGUUGGUGAAGGUGGGUAGUUGGUGAAUGUCUGUAAAGGACCUGUAGCCACAGUACCAUCACCUGGGGAGAGGGAAUAGCCUGGCCAACCACAAAACCCUUCCUAGAUGAGCUUGAGUGAUGAAUACCCUCCAUAUCAUGCUCCCUAGGAGACAGGGGGACAAGGAACACUGUGGCAAUUGAGGCUGAUUCCUUUAGACUUUAGAUGGUAUUUUAUGUCCUUACCCCCACCCCCCAUCCUAUCUACAAACGAAAAAUUCACCAUGGGUCAAACACAGAGCAGUGAGAACACAAAGCAGAUGUAAGGGAAGGCAUCCCUUGUCUAAACCCUUGAUGCAAAAAUAGAGGAGAAUGAGGAUGUAAUGGGUAGGGGAGGAGCUACCCUAGACCCCCAUUGUCUCCUGAAGGUUAACCUGAGGUUGAGAAGAUGAGUAAGCUGGAAGACCACCUGGACGGAGUCAUCAAUGUCUUCCACCAGUACCCAGUUCAGAUGGGGCAUUUUGACAAGCUCUCCAAGGGUGAUUUGAAGCAGCUGGUCACAAAGGAACUUGCAAACACUCUCAAGAAUACCAAAGAUCAAGCUACCAUUGACAAAAUAUUCCAAUAUCUGGAUGCUGAUUGAGAUGGAUAGGUCAACAUUAAUGAAUUCAUCUUCCUGGUGGCCACUGUGCUGCAUAUUGCCCAUGAGAACAUCCACAAAGAGUAAGAAACUCUGAGGCGCUUUUUCCUAGCAAUGUUUCCAAGAAGAUGAUAAGAGAUUUUCACAUAUUGAGGUAUAUGGGGUUACUAUUCAGGUUCAAAACUGAUUUGGCUUGAACUAAAGAAGCCUCACUUAUGGCCUACCAAACAUACAUUGUACAUCUGCUUUAACCAUUGAAGUAAAGAAUGCACUCUCUUAAGAUAAGAAUGCACACUUCCCCUCCUACACAGUAUUAGUAACAGCCUAUUGGUAAUGCCUAUAUUAAUCCCUUUCAUGUUGACCUACUAAUUUGCAACUAAAUACUUCCUUGAAACUUUGAUGAAAAUAUAUCCUGGAUAUGUUUAGUGUAUGUUCUUUUUUCUAAGAACAUACAAGACUGUCCUGAAAACUAUGCUUCUCCAGAAUGCUUCCCGGGUUAUAAUCCUCACUCUGGCUCAAGUAAAACUCACCUUAUUUCUCUUAUCUAUAGAAUGGUUAUUCAUUAUUUUGGGUCAACAUUUCUUUUUGUGUGUGUGUGUGUGUGUGAGGAAGAUCAGCCCUGAGCUAACAUCUGAUACCAAUCCUGCUCUUUUUUUUGCUGAGGAAGACUGGCCCUGGGCUAACUUCUGUGCCCAUCUUCCUCUACUUUAUACGAGACGCCACCACAGCAUGGUUUGACAAGCGGUGCAUCGGUGCGUGCCUAGCAUCUGAACCUGAGAACCCCGGGCUGCCGAAACAGAGCACAUGCACUUAACUGCUGCACCACUGGGCCGGCCCCUUGUGUCAACAUUUCUUGAUGUAGUCAGCAGGAUUUCAGAGAAAGCCAGCAGACUGCCUGUAAUCUACUUUGAACUGGCACUUGGUACCACAUAGGCCCAUUGAGCCCUUCCAGCUUCAUGUCACUCUUCAGGUGCCCCCAGUGAGUUUUCCUGAAACCCAGACUUCCUUAUUUAAGUUGUAGGUCCUGACUUUUACUUGAGCUGUUUCAAGUUUUAAGACUAGGUGUCUUAAGGGGGUACUGGUACCCUUCCUAGGUAAGAGGAACCUAGGGGGAAUUUCCUAGGCCAGGGAAGCCCAGAGGGAACGUUGGAGUGAACAGGGCAGGCUGACCUUUUUAAUUUGGAUUUAAAUUUGAAAGAAUUGUGUCCACAAAGUCUGAACAAAUUGUUUAACAGCAAAAUUAGAGACUGAAAACUCAUUUAGCUCCAAAGAGAAGGGAUACCAGCUCCUUCCAGCUGUAAGGCAUUCUCAGGCAACUGAGAACCUAGUGGCAGUGUCUGAGGUUGAGCCUUGAGACAUGCAGCAAUCCUAUAUGGAAUUCCAUUGUGAUAUUUCACUUUAAGUAAUUGACAGCUCAUCUGGGGAUGCUGCACGUGAGGGUUGGUCGCCCAUGAGCUCUGAGCCCCCAUAGUAGUUUUAGACUGCUGGCAGGAGAAACUGAGACACAUAAGAGAAUGCUCACGAACUUUCUAUGGAGUGACACUCACAAGCAGCACACUUCUGACCCACUAUACUCUCCUUAAGUAUUGUUCUUUAUUAUAGUAAAAUAAAACUAAAAGACAACGUGAAAUCUCACUUCUAAAAGCCAACCAGCUCCUGAAAGGCAGCCCCCACCCCCGAAAUUCUGGCUGGCUUUGAGUACAAUACAUAUGGUAGAGCGGAUACUUGCAAGUGCUUAACAAAAUGGGGAUAGCUGUAAAUGAUUGGAUCUUUGGAUCAAGAUCACCCAGGAUAAUUUAAAACUAAUGUGGCCACUUUGGGGCUCCUUUGAGCCUCCAAAACUUGUAGAUUGGCUAUUAGAAGGAACGUUCAAAUUAGGUAAGAUCAUUUAAGAAGUGUGCUUAUUAAGUCAUGGCUUUAUGGACACCCCUGUAAUCUACCCUCAAAGGAGGACCCAAUAUGAGCCCCUCCCAGGAUUAAAGAGACUCUGAAAGGUUUUCUGGGAAACUGCUACCCUUAACCAGUCAAGGGGAAACUAAAAUUUUAAAAAUUAAUGGAGUUGUUUAACGCUGUCAGGAAUAGUUACUAUUUGUCCCAGCUGAAACCUGACAAGAUAUUUCAAAGGAUUUGGUAACAUAUGAUCAGAAAUUUGGCCAAAUUGGAAGCUGAUAUUUAAAGCCUGAAGAAAUAUUUUAGGCCUUCUUCCCUAAAUUAAGAUAAAACUAAGUACUCAGAGGGAAAGAAGCAAAUUAAGGAAAAUGUAAUUGGACGGAUGUGUCAGUCCUUUGAUAAGAAACUAACCUCCCCCGUUUAUCUCAAAAAAACUUUCGACCUCUCUGGGAGCUGUUAUCUAGACCAUCCCAGAUUCCUAAGACUGAAAAAAAACAGGGGAGGGAGGAGGAAGAAGUUUUU